GGAGGGCUUUUGCCACUGCGGCGGCGUGUGAUAUCCUUCCGCGGGACGGUGACGCGGUCUUUUUCCCCUUCCGAUAACACGGGCUGAGAGUGAGCAGCGGCAGUCCUGCUCAGCCAGAAAUUAUUCACAUCCAGAUAUUAAAAAACUGUGCAUAUUCACCGUAAAGUCGACAAGUGGGGGAAAAUACCUGAGCGUUACCCGCUUCUUCCCCUUUGGCGUCCUUUGCUUCAUUUACGUUCCUGUUACAUCACUUGAACACAGAAGAAAUAUUAUCCGGUUUGUAUUGUGUGCUGCACUUUUGUGGGAAAGAGGCACGGACAGAAUGGAGCUGAUCACAAUCCUCGAAAAAACUGUCUCUCCAGAUCGGAACGAGCUGGAGGCUGCGCAGAAGUUUCUGGAGCAGGCGGCGAUUGAAAACUUGCCCACGUUUCUAGUGGAGCUUUCUAAGGUUCUGGCAAAUCCUGGAAACAGCCAGGUGGCUCGUGUGGCGGCAGGGCUGCAGGUCAAGAACUCGCUAACCUCGAAAGACCCGGAUGUGAAGGCACAAUACCAACAGCGAUGGUUGGCCAUUGACAGCAAUGCCCGGCAGGAGAUCAAAAGCUAUGUUCUGCAGACGCUGGGUACGGAGACGUACCGCCCCAGCUCGGCAUCUCAGUGUGUUGCCGGGAUAGCCUGCGCCGAGAUUCCUGUAGCCCAGUGGCCAGAGCUCAUACCUCAACUUGUAGCUAAUGUCACCGACCCCAGCAGCACCGAGCAUAUGAAGGAAUCUACCCUGGAGGCUAUUGGCUACAUCUGCCAGGACAUCGACCCAGAACAGCUGCAGGAUAAUGCCAACCAGAUCUUGACAGCCAUCAUCCAAGGUAUGCGUAAGGAGGAGCCUAGCAACAAUGUGAAGCUGGCAGCCACGAACGCACUGCUCAACUCCUUGGAGUUUACCAAAGCCAACUUCGACAAAGAGACGGAGCGGCACUUCAUCAUGCAGGUUGUGUGUGAAGCCACGCAGUGUCCAGAUAACAGAGUGCGAGUUGCUGCCUUACAGAAUCUGGUGAAGAUAAUGUCCCUCUAUUAUCAGUAUAUGGAGACAUACAUGGGACCUGCUCUGUUUGCUAUCACAAUAGAAGCCAUGAAAAGUGACAUUGAUGAGGUUGCCUUACAAGGAAUUGAGUUCUGGUCCAACGUCUGUGAUGAGGAAAUGGAUUUGGCUAUUGAAGCAUCUGAGGCAUCAGAACAGGGACGCCCCCCAGAGCAUACCAGCAAGUUCUAUGCCAAAGGUGCUCUGCAGUAUCUGGUUCCAAUUCUCACCCAGACACUCACCAAGCAGGAUGAAAACGACGACGACGACGACUGGAACCCGUGUAAGGCAGCGGGAGUGUGCUUGAUGCUGCUGGCUACCUGCUGCGAGGAUGAUGUGGUCCCUCAUGUGUUGCCCUUCAUCAAAGACCACAUCAAGCACCCUGACUGGCGUUACCGCGAUGCUUCUGUCAUGGCCUUCGGUUCCAUCUUGGAGGGUCCUGAGCUGACCCAGCUCAAACCAUUAGUCAUCCAGGCUAUGCCCACGCUGAUUGAAUUGAUGAAGGAUCCUAGUGUUGUGGUGAGAGAUACUACAGCCUGGACUGUGGGCCGCAUUUGCGAGCUGCUUCCUGAAGCAGCCAUCAAUGAGGUGUACCUGGCCCCUCUGCUGCAGUGUCUGAUCGAGGGCUUGAGUGCCGAGCCCCGUGUGGCAUCCAACGUCUGCUGGGCCUUCUCCAGCCUUGCGGAAGCUGCAUAUGAAGCUGCAGAGACCACUGAUGACCAGGAUGAACCUAGCACUUACUGUCUGUCCUCCUCCUUCGAGAUCAUUGUCCAGAAGCUCCUGGAGACCACGGACAGGCCAGAUGGCCACCAGAACAACCUGCGGAGUGCGGCAUAUGAAGCUCUAAUGGAGAUAGUGAAGAACAGUGCUAAAGACUGUUACCCAGCUGUGCAGAAGACUACCCUUGUGAUCAUGGAACGGUUACAGCAAGUUCUUCAGAUGGAGUCCCACAUUCAGAGCACUUCUGACAGAAUCCAGUUUAAUGACCUGCAGUCCUUACUAUGCGCCACCCUGCAGAAUGUUUUACGGAAGGUGCAGCACCAAGAUGCACUGCAGAUCUCCGAUGUGGUAAUGGCCUCGCUGCUGCGCAUGUUCCAGAGCACGGCUGGCUCUGGGGGUGUGCAGGAGGAUGCCCUCAUGGCUGUCAGCACUCUUGUGGAAGUUUUGGGCAGUGAUUUUUUGAAAUACAUGGACGCCUUCAAACCUUUCCUGGGCAUCGGACUGAAAAAUUAUGCAGAAUAUCAGGUGUGUCUCGCCGCUGUCGGCCUGGUUUGUGAUCUUUGCCGAGCACUUACGACCAACAUCCUGCCUUACUGUGACGAGAUCAUGCAGCUUCUACUGGAGAACCUGGGGAAUGAGAACGUCCACAGAUCUGUGAAGCCGCAGAUUCUCUCUGCUUUCGGGGAUAUCGCCUUGGCCAUUGGAGGCGAGUUCAAGAAAUAUCUGGAUAUUGUAUUGGACACCCUCCAGCAAGCGUCGCAGGCCCAAGUGGAUAAGACGGAUUACGACAUGGUGGACUACCUGAACGAGCUUCGAGAAGGCUGUCUGGAAGCCUACACGGGGAUUAUUCAAGGCUUGAAAGGCGAUCAGGAAAAUGUACAUCCGGAUGUGAUGCUGGUUCAGCCCCGAGUGGAGUUUAUCCUGUCCUUUAUUCACCACAUUGCUGAAGACGAGGAUCAUUCUGACGGUGUGGUAGCCAAUGCUACCGGCCUCAUAGGUGACCUGUGCACUGCCUUCGGCAAGGACGUCAUGAAGCUGGUGGAGGUGAGGCCCCUUAUCAAUGAGUUGCUGACCGAGGGCCGAAGAUCUAAGACUAGCAAAACCAAGACUCUGGCCACAUGGGCCACCAAGGAGCUGCGCAAACUUAAAAACCAGGCUUGACCGAACAAGAGAUCAUACUGAGCAAACCCCACUGGAGUUUCUUCUGUCUUUUGCGCUAUUGGGUUAAAGCAGAAGUUAAGAGUGUGCUGAGAUGAGUGUCUGCAAUGUGAGAGUGAGUGAGUGAGGCUUGAUAUCACACCACCCGAGUACAAUUCCAGCAGUCGCCCGCAGCGUCCAUCCGGCCACCGUUGGACUGACCUGAAAACGACGACGUGAACAUCGUAUGGGACGGCCGUAGCCGGCCGGUCCCAAACUGACAUUAGUCAACAGAAAAAUUCAAGGAACAUUAAAGAAGAAACUGCCAAACGUGGAAGACCUCCUACCCCCACCCCCCCACCCCGAGAGAAAGGACUUGACGCUGUGCUGAGGUUUGACGUCCCAGCGCUAUGGAUAUGGAGGUAUGCGAUGUUGCUCAGAAGGGAUAUCAAUUGGAUAACUAAAAUGGACUUUUGCUGCUGGAAUUGAAGAAAGCUUACAUGAGGGGAAAGAGAAUCAGCGAUUUGGAUUUGGUGGCCUGUGUCCCACAGCCUUUUGGAAGCCAUUAACCUGUCCACACAUGGAGUCCUGCUGAUUUUAGGCCUGGCUCAUAAGAAUCAAGUGUGUGAGAGUGAGGGAUUCACUUCACUGCCCAAUACUAUAAAUACAAUGCAAAUGCCGAAUGCAGUACUGAAACUACAUUGGAAGGGGAGUUUGAGUAAAUGGCAGCGUAAGACAAAUUUGGUAAGUUGUUUUUUUUUUUUUUUUUUUUUUUUCUCUUUAACAAAAUGACUAACAUUCAUACUUAAGGUGUCUAGGGGGUUUCUCCUUAUUCUUUUGGCCAUCUGUUUCUUUCUUGCCUCUAUUCCAAACUGUGAAAUUUUAAAAGCAAUUCAAAUUCACGGAAAAUGGGUAAUUCAAGGUGAGGAACACGCUUGCAGCUGAAGCAAAAAGCCCGAAAUUUCGGCAGGUGACACUUAGCUGUCUGGAUUAUUUUAAAUCUAGUUCCAAAGGUGGUAGUGUGCCAAAGAAUUUAUAACCCGACAGUAAAAAACAAAAAUUUACAAAUUGGGUUCUCUUUUGAACGGAUUUAAAGCCUAAAGAAUUGGAUAUACAAUAAGUGGUCCGAUAAUAGGCUUAUGAUAGGAAAUGAUUGGUAGUUUGGGGCUUUUUGUGCUUGCAUUGUUUCCAUUUUGUCGCUGGUUUCCCCCCGAACUUAGUUGGAAAGGUCCAGCUUAUCCAACUUGUCUAGAGUAAAAAUGGAGGCAUUUGUAUGAGGUUCUAUUUUUCCACUGCAAUGAAGAAAAAUAAAAUUCUAUCAAACAUUCCCCUA